UCAACUUAUGUAUAUAUCGAAUUUAUAUCGAUAAAUAAUCGGACGUUGCACAUCACUCAAUCCCAUUUUUAUUUCGGUUUGAUGUUUCCUUAGUUAUAUAUACAGUUAGUGUAAAAAAUAUUUUAGUAAGUGCUAGUGUAGUGUCACCGGGAUACCGCAGUAUAUUGUUUUAAAGAACAAUGGAACUAUUGCGGCUGAACAUGAGUGUGUGUAACGUCUAGAAGUUAUAUAACAUAUUAGUUACCAAGAAUGGCGGAUAAUGUCGCCUUUGAUGACGAGAAGCUGGUGGUAGGUAGUCCCAAUCAACGAAACUGGCGGGGUAUACUCAUCGCGCUACUGGUUAUCGUGGCCGUUCUCGCGCUGAUAGUCACAUCGGUGGUGCUCUUGACACCACCAGACGAAGGGCCAAGGGUGAAAGGCAGAAGGCUUAAGAUUCAAGACUUAUUGACAGAUGAUCUGGUGCCUGUUCGGUGGAAUGGAACUUGGAUAUCUGGAGACGAGUUCUUGUAUCAGGACUCGUGGGGAGGGAUCGCUCUCAUGUUUGCGGCGAACCAAACUUCGAAAACACUUAUGCCUAAUACUACAUUCAGGGUGCUAGAACCUGCUUCAUUCUCACUUUCGGCGGAUCGACGAUUCCUACUACUUGCGCAUGCGCCGCGCAAAAUCCACCAAUACUCCUACCUCGCCCGUUACACCGUCUAUGAUAUACUAACCACGGAAUCCUAUCCUCUAACGCCGUUACCGGAUGACAUCGGAGGAGGAGUUAUCAGCGAAGGUCCGCUUCUUCUUCUUGCCAUGUGGACUCCUAAGGGCCAUGGGCUCAUCACCGUUAAAGACUACGACAUCUUCUACCGUCCAGCACCAAGAUCUUCUACCGGGUACAGAGUAACUGAUACGGGCAUACCCGGGAGGAUCUUUAAUGGAGUACCAGAUUGGCUUUAUGAAGUCGAAAUUCUCAACUCAAGGUCAGCGCUAUGGAUGUCAGGUGAUGGUCACAUGGUCCUGUACGCGACCUUCAACGACACUUUAGUCCACGAACAGAAGUACCCAUGGUACGGAGCUGCAUUGGAUACUGAUGAUCCAGCUAAGACUUAUCCGGAGAUCAGAAGCGUGAGGUACCCUAAGCCAGGCACUAACAACCCGAUCGUGAAGCUGACUGUGGCUGAUAUAGCAGACCCGAAGCACAUAAGAACGAGACACCUUACUCCACCGAAAAUCAUACUUGAAGAAGGGGACUACUAUUUCACAAGCGCGCAAUGGGUAUCUCUCACGGAGGUGUGCGUAGUAUGGCUCACACGCGUACAGAACUUGUCUGUGGUGUCAGUGUGUAAAAGCCCUAUGUGGUAUUGUCAAGAGGUGUACCGAGUAUUUUCGGGAACAGAAGCCUGGGUCGAAUCUGCUCCAGCACCGUUAUGGUCGUCAGGGGGCGGCGCCCUUGUAACAUUGGCCCCAGUGCGAGAUGGCCCUGCUGGACUCUUCCGACAUGUAGUGCGCGCCGAACACAAUGCACAUGGACCAAGAGCAUUACCACUCACACAUGGAAGUUUUGAUGUAGUUAAACUAUUGGCAUGGGACCACGCGAACCAACAUAUAUAUUAUUUAGGCAUACCAGAAGGUAAACCAGGGCAGCAGCACUUGUAUAGAGUGUCAUCGGAGGCGCCUCGUCCCGGCACGCCGCAGAAAUUACCAUAUUGUGUGACUUGUAAUUCACAGCCGUCGCCUGCAAUCAAUCUAGAGUUUUACGGAAACCUCGCAUCAUCAGGCGACAGCACUUGGGACAAUGACUGGGACGAGGAACUCCCAGCUACGUCUCCAGCUCCAUCGAAGAAGAAGAAAAAAAAACAACCUGAAAAUAUACCUCAAAAUCUACCAUGCCUGUUCCACGACGCUCACUUCAGUCCGUCUUCAACGUACUUCGUACUCGAAUGCUUGGGCCCAGGUGUACCGACGUCUAGCUUACACAAGAUCUCAUUACCAGAGCCUCGUCUCUUGAUGCAUCUGGAAAAUAACACAGCAGUAAAGGAAAAGCUAUCAGUCAUAGCAUUACCAACACCACGAACGUUCUCCGUGCAACUAUCAAGUGGUCAAGCAGCUCGAGUACGUCUCCUUCUUCCUCCUGGCUUGAGGGAGGAUGAAGUAACAAAAUAUCCAUUAGUUAUGAAAGUAAACGGAGCACCAGGAACUCAGCUAGUAACAGAGCAGUGGUCUCUCGACUGGGGCUCAUUAGCAGCAGGCGCUGGAGCUAUAUUGGCUUCAGUAGACGCAAGAGGUGCGGGCGGACGAGGCCUUGCAGCACAUCAUACACUGCAUAGGCGUCUGGGAACUGUUGAACUAAAAGACCAGUUAGAAGUUGCAGAAUAUCUCCGCGACUCGCUACAUUUUAUUGACGCGCGUCGUGUAGCGGUGUGGGGUCGCGCGCACGGCGGGUUCCUUGCGGCGCUGGCGCUUGCAAGUCCGUUGCGUGUUUUCCACUGCGGGGUCGCAAUCACACCCAUCAUUAGGUGGCGGUACUAUGCAUCAGCUUAUUCAGAACGGUACAUGGGCUUCCCGAACGCAACUGGUAAUUACCGAGGUUACGCGGACGCUGACGUUACCAAGCAAGCCGCAGCACUUCAAGAUAAAAUGUUGCUAUUAGUACACGGCACUGCAGACGAUAAUGUGCACGUACAGCAGACGAUGGCGCUAGCGAGAGCGUUGUCUGACCAGGGAAGCACGUUUAGACAGCAGAUUUACCCAGACGAAGGUCACAGCCUAGAGGGCGUUAAGAAACACCUAUACCGCACAAUGUCCUCGUUCCUAGACGACUGUUUCAAGAAACAAGUGCCACCAGAGACGAAGGCCGGACUGCGAAAUGGCGGUAACCUCGACUGAGACUCGUGGAGGGAUGAGGAGUUGUACUCUUGGUAAUUACAAUGAAGUAGAAACCGACAGAGAAGACUUUAUUAAAAUCUGUAGUACAAUUAUUUCCAUAUCCCAUUCGAUAUUUACUGCCAAAUGGACAAUUUCAUACACAUCAAAUAUGCAUGUGAUACGUAGUUAUAAAUAAUUGUGAUUGUGUAAAUUGUAUGAUUGAAUUCUAUUAAAAGCUUUUAAUUAACGGACCCCUACGCGAAAGUAUAUUUGAGGUGCAUACGAGUGUGUGUGAUUGGUAUAUAGAAACGCACAAGAAACAGUUACCAAUAAAUGCAAACAAUAAUUGUGUUGUGUGAAAUCGCGAAUGAUGUUGAAAAUUGAAAGAAAAAAUGAUUAGUUUAGUUAUAAGGAUUACAUUUCUACCGUUCAUUGCUAAUAUUGUCUUAUUAAAAUGAUAUAUGCAAUGGUCAAUUCAGUUAUAAAAACUCUUUAAGCAUCUAAAUUAUUUAAUAAAUAAUUAGGAAGUUUCAGUUUGCGUAUCUGUAUCAAGUAUUCGAUGACGCAGAAAACUCCAGAAAUAAUUAAAAUACAAUUCGAUUUUCGAACGCACAAACUUCGUGUAUAAAAUAUGCGAUUGUUGUGUUUGUGUUAAAA